AUGAAGACGCUCGCCGAGGAGAUCGAGGGGCAGCGGGAAGAGCAGGAGGAGGGCGGACAAGAAGAAGCCGCGGCGGAGGUGCAGGGGGAGGAGGGCGGCGGCGGGUGGAGCUUCGGCGGGCUGAUCAAGACGCUCGCGGAGGAGUUGCCCCAGCAGCAGGAACAGGAGGAGUCCGUGGAGGAGGAGGAGGACGACGAGCAAGAAGCCGAGUCGGCGACGGAGGAGGAGGGCGUUUCUGGCGGCGGCGGGUGGAGCUUCGGGGGAUUGAUGAAGACCUUCGCGUCGCGGUCGGAGUCGGUGCUCGAGGGCUACCGCCGCGACCUCCAGGACCUCGGGUCCGGCCUCCGCGAGGAGACCACGGCCCUCCGCGCGGCCGCUGCACGGGCCGCCGCAGCCCUGCCCGGCGCGCUCGAGGCCGGCGCGUCCGUCGCCUCCGACAGGCUCGAGUCCGUCGGCCAGGCUGUCGAUGACCUCGGGGCCGCCGCAGCCGGCCUCCUCUCCCACGCCAACGAGGCUCUCCGGUCCGUGGACGCCGACGGCGAGGACGGGACCGUCGACGGCUCAUCCCAGCUCUCUGAUCCAGCCUCUGGCGCCUCUUGGCGUUCGUCCCUUCCAUCCAAGAAGUACACCCGCUUUGAGGCGCAGGUCCUGGCGCUGCGUGCCGAGCCGACCACCUUCACUGAGGAGCCCGAGGAUGCCGAGGGGUUCACCAAGUGGCAGGAGGCGUUCAGCCUCGAGGACAGAAAAGAGGAGAUCGAGGCCGUGCUCCAGGAGAGCCCUGGGCUGGAGAGCUUCGUGGAGAGGCUCGUGCCGUCUGUGGUAGCCUACGACAUGUUCUGGUGCAGGUAUUUCUUUGCCGUCGACAAGCUCAGGCAAGCAGAGGAUGCUCGCACCAAACUCGUUAGCAGGGCCAUGUCCAAGGAAGACGAGGAAGAGCUCAGCUGGGAGGUCGACGAUGACGAGGAUGAUAAUAAAGCUGAUCACAAAGAAGGUACUAGCACAAUACCCGAUAAGAAAGAUGGUGAGCAAAUUGGUGACUCUAUUAGCCAUGAAGCACAGAAUGAGGGAAAACAAGAAGCAGUGAAUGAAAAGCAUGCAGCGAAAGAUCAGGGGACGAUUUCGGUAGCAGCAAAGGAUGAUAAUGGUGAAUCCAGUGGUGAGGCGUCGACACCAAAGUCGAGCAAUGGCACAGGGCAGGAAGAGAAGACUGAAGCUGGUGACUCAUCUAAGGAGAGUGAUUUAUCACUGGUGUCUCGACCAUCAGCGCAGGAGGAAGAUCUUAGCUGGGACGAGAUUGAGGAUGUCGGUGAUCAAGAUGAGAAGAAAGGGGGGAGUCCACGGUCAAGCCCUACUGGCAAAGCUGAGGAUAUCCGAAAACGGCUGAACUCAUUGGAAGACGACGAAGACCUCAGUUGGGAUGUCGACGAGUAAGAACAAACAACACACUCCUAAACCGAGUGCUCCAAAAGACUCAAGUAAAAGAUGUUUACACAGUUUUUACCUGUUUUGUCUCAAAUGGGAUCCCUAUUCUCUUUUAGAGUUCUUUGACGUGCAAUGUGAAUAUUGUGGUGGUACAUUGGCAAUUCAAAUUCAAUGGGGCUGUAUUUUCAUUACUCCCACUGUAAGAUCUUAACAGAAUGGUAGUGUUCUUCUGUUUUGGCUAAUAAACUUGUUUCCAGUUAGUGUCUA